AUGAGGUCGUCACUGUCGUACGACUCCCUGUCAGCUGGACAGAGUCCUGCCAGUCGUGACUUGGAGCGGGAGCUGCUGGCGGCGAGGCGUCUGUCCUCUCCACGAGGUCUCAACCGUCCAACUCCGCCUCCACGGCGAACGUCGGCCAUACCUGGAUACCUACUCCCUCCGUAUCAGGAGCGAGAGGAGCUGCGGCGUUUCUCCUCGUCCGUCUGUGCAGAGGCCUCCCUGGCGCCCCCUGUAGACCCCCCUGUGGGUGGGAGCCCACCCUGCUGCCGCCCGGUGGGAGUCAUGCACCUGCUGCGUCUGGCGCUCCUGGCCUUCAGCUGCGUGUUCUGGGCCGCGGGCCUGGCGCUCUUCACGCUGGGCAUCUGGGCUCAGAUCUCCUUGGCCGACUACAUGCUGCUGUCCACCAACAGGUAUCCCAACGCCCCGCUCAUCCUCCUGUUCACCGGGGGCGCUGUGACGGCGUGGGGCUUCCUCGGGUGCCUGGGUGUGGCUGCCAAUCUCCCGGGGGUUCUACGGGCCUACGGCUUCUUUCAGCUCGCCGCCCUGGUGGCCGGACUGGCGGCUGGUCUCUCUGGCCUCUUUUACCGUGAGGACAUCGCCGGAGGGUUCCGUAGCGGGCUACACGGAGCAGUGUCGGGCUACACGGAGGACGAAGGGCGCGCCGACGCGUUGGACACCCUUCAGAGGGCGCUCAAGUGCUGCGGGGCGGAGAACUGGCGUGACUGGCUGUCCUCGGACUGGGCCGCUCAGCACGUGUCCGUCCUGGAGAACAGCACUCUGGUGUCUCUGCCCGACAGCUGCUGCAUGAGGCGGAAGGGCUGCAAGAACCGAGCGCUGCCGUCCAACGACAGUGACGCCGUCGUCGCCGCUGGGAUCCAUCCGCACGGCUGCUUCCGGAAAGUCUUCAGUCUGGUCAACGACAACGUCUUCCACAUCGCCGCGGCCGUGCUGGGCCUGGCACUGACGCAGAUCGGAGGCAUCGCUCUGGCCUGUCUGCUAGCGAACAGGCUAGCGCCGCGACAGCACGGACGAGUGGUGGCCCAUUGA